CCGCCAUUUUUUACCAGCGAAGAAGAAAGAUGGCAGUGACCGGAAAUAAACAAAGACACACAAGCUGAGAGGAGGGAAGAGGCUCAGGUCCUGUAACCAGGGACAUUCAUACUCGUGGUCAGGAUUGUGUGCAGCAGCUGACCUCACCAUCAUGAUGACAACUAAGAGACUAGACAAUUUUGAGGUGAUGUGUGAGUGGGAUUCAUGCAACUUCAAGGGCUGCACCGUGGAGGAGCUGAGCGAUCAUAUGGCUAUGCAUUUAAAUGACUACCUGGGAGACAACGACGCCUUAGAGGAGCUGGAGGAGUAUGCUUGUCUCUGGAAAGGGUGUCAAUUUCUAGCCAUGGGUUGCCCUGCGGAGCUGGAAGUCCAUGCUCACUUCCACAACUAUCACGGUAAGCUGAAGUUUGUUGGUUCAAAGCUUCUCAAGUCCCGACCGGACCUACCCAGCUGCAACGAAGGUGUGCACAGCAACAACCUGGUUCCUGAAGGGUCGGAUGGAUACAUCUGCCAAUGGGAACACUGUGAUAGUACAUUUAACAAUCCUGAGUGGUUUUACCGACAUGUGGACAAUCAUGUUGAAAGUGCUGAGCCACAGUCCCUCCCGCAUCAGCAGCAGACUUUCCUCUGCCACUGGACAGGCUGCGAUGCUUCGUUUAAAAUCCGAUACCGUUUGAGGGAGCACAUGCGAAGCCACACUCAGGAGAGACUUGUAGCCUGCCCGACAUGUGGCAGCAUGUUCUCCAGCAAUACCAAGUUGUUUGACCACCUACACAGGCAGGCCGAGCCAGUAGAUUCACUGGUGUGUGAACAUUGUGGCAAAGCGUUUUCCAACGAGAGGCUGUUGAGGGAUCAUGUUCGUCAGCAUGUGAAUCAGGUGAAGUGUCCCUUCUGUGACAUGACCUGCACCACUUUGGCAGCUUUAAAGAUCCACAUCAGAUUUCGCCACUGUGACGAGCGGCCCUUCCCGUGCGACUUCUGCGACAAGAGAUUUAAGAAUCAGCGCGAUCUGCACAAGCACACAGAGGUUCACAAUGAGGGCACCGUGUAUCACUGCACCGUGGAGGGCUGUGAUUAUUCAUGUCACACAUUUUCAACCAUGAGCUACCACUACAAGAGAGUGCACGAGGUCGGAGGGAUGUCCAAAUACAAAUGCCAUAUCUGUGAUAAGGUCUUCUCCUGGUGUUACACUCUCACACUUCACCUCCGCAAGAAGCACGAGCUAAAAUGGCCCUCUGGACAUUCCCGCUUUCGUUACAGAAAGGAUGUAGAUGGCUUCCUAAAAGUAAACAUGGUGCGAUUUGAGACUGUGGAAGUGACGAAGGAGAUCAUGAAGAACAUGGGCAAAAAGCCGCAGAGCCUUCGAAAAAGUCAGAGAACGAGCAGCCGGAACAAGAGGGCUGCCGUCACGCCAGAGAGCAGCCAGAGCUCUCCGGUAGGAUCCUCCUCCAGCUCCUCCUCCUCCUACUCCUCAGAGCUCUCUGGAGCUGAGGACGUCUCGUUGCAGACCAGCCCCAGAGGCAGUGACUCUCCGGUCUACUGUGUCAUGAGCACCAUCCCUCACAUUGAGGAGGAGCCAGGAGGAUUAUCGCAGGAGGACUUUGACGGCAGCGGGACAUCGGGAGCAGUGCAGGCCCUGACGGAGGUUGCGAGGGGCCUGGGCAUGGACGUGGUGUGACUCCUGCAUGUUCCACUGCACCACGCACUAUAUUUUGCUGUGUGGGUGCCACCGGGGACCGGAACUGUUUUUAUACCCAAAGCUUUCGCAUGGUCUCAAGAGUUUGUCGAGUGGUUUUACUUUGAGAUCCCCGCAAUCCUUUUUGGAAGGCACAUGUUCAUUUUAGCAGCUCUUAUUGUCUAUAAUGCCCUGGCUUGGCUUUUGUCUAAGGGAUGCCUGUUAAUGUUUCUGACCAAGUUGACAUGAAUGAGAAUAAAUGGAAGCACUAUGAAGCUAGUUCAUUAUUUCAUUUUCUCUUUAACACACCUUCUUCCACGGUGUAUUUUCAUGACCCCCCAGAAGAUUUUAGAAGACAUUAUUUUUGAUGUAUUGUUGUAUUUUAUUGUUACAAAUUUGAAAUACACUUUUGAUACUAAA